CACAAUAUCACCCUCGCUGUCCUCCACACCGCCAUGACCCGCUCCGCUCUCAUCGCCGCCGCCAUUGCCGGCGCGUGGACCAUCACACCGACGCUCGCCGUCCCGCCCGAGGACUUUGGCUUCCCUUCCGCACCGAACGACACGAUCCUCGACGUCUCCUUCCGCCAAACACUCAGCGGAUACGAAGACGUCGUGCCAGGAAGCCGCUACGGUAUCGCCAUCGCCGAGAAUGAGCCCAAUCUCAGUCUCAACACCACCGCCUACCCUCGACUGGACUCGUACCAAGGCGAAUACAUCGUCAUCAUGGUCGAUCCGGAUGCCUCAUACCCGGAGAAUCCCUCCAACCGCUUCAUUCUGCACUGGCUGCGACAAAAUCUCAGCUCAGCAGAGAACGCCAAUCCUCCACCAGCUGGUCUGCAAAUUGUCACCGACACGGCGAAGUUACUAAACAGCUUCACACCCGCAAUAGUCCAAUAUCGCCGUCCUUCGCCACCGACCAACUCCUCCGCUCAUCGCUACAUCUUGUACGCAUUCGAGCAGCCACAGCACUUCCGCCUGCCAGAGCAGUGGUCCGGCUUGAGCGGCAGCAACCGCACGGGAUUCAACCUGACGUCGUUCAUCAGCGACACAAACCUGGGAAUGCCAUGCGCGGCAAACUACUUCUACACUUCCAACCAGACUGUUGUACCUGAUGACUUUGUCUCUACCAAUGGCUCUUCCUACCCAGGUGGUGAUGGCACGGCGAUCACUUCCGGCGAUCCACAUGGUCCUGGCUCCUCUGCUCCAAACAACACCCACAGCGCCAACUCGACCAUGCCGACUCGCAUGCCGAAUGCGACAACAAGUGGUGGUGCUGGACCAUCGCCGACCUCAUCUCCGACGACAUCUGCGGAACCUUCCUCGACCUCGGCCUCCACUGGUGGAACAGCCAUGUUGACCGGCGCCGGAAGUCUUGUCGCCGCAGGCCUCGUCGGACUCGCCGCUUUGCUUUGA